UAGACACCGGAGGGGGCACCUGGGACCAACUUCGCGAAGCGGGGAGCCCGGCGGGGGUUGGGGGGAGCAAAAGAUCUGCGGCCUCAGCCCCUCCAAAGAACCGGGAGAUGACGGGUAAAGCCGGGGAAGCGCUGAGCAAGCCCAAAUCCGAGACAGUGGCCAAGAGUACCUCGGGGGGCGCCCCGGCCAGGUGCACAGGGUUCGGCAUCCAGGAGAUCCUGGGCUUGAACAAGGAGCCUCCUAGCUCCCACCCGCGGGCCGCCCUCGACGGCCUGGCCCCUGGGCACCUGCUGGCGGCGCGCUCAGUGCUCAGCCCCGCAGGAGUGGGCGGCAUGGGGCUGCUCGGACCCGGGGGGCUGCCGGGCUUCUACGCGCAGCCCACCUUCCUGGAAGUGCUGUCUGACCCGCAGAGCGUCCACUUGCAGCCACUGGGCAGAGCGUCGGGGCCGCUGGACACCAGUCAGACGGCCAGCUCGGAUUCUGAAGAUGUGUCCUCCAGUGACCGAAAAAUGUCCAAAUCCGCUUUAAACCAGACCAAGAAACGGAAGAAGCGGCGACACAGGACAAUCUUUACUUCCUACCAGCUAGAGGAGCUGGAGAAGGCAUUCAAUGAGGCCCACUACCCAGACGUCUAUGCCCGUGAGAUGCUGGCCAUGAAAACAGAGCUGCCGGAAGACAGGAUACAGGUCUGGUUCCAGAACCGCAGAGCCAAGUGGAGGAAGAGAGAGAAGUGCUGGGGCCGGAGCAGUGUGAUGGCGGAGUAUGGGCUCUAUGGGGCCAUGGUGCGGCACUCCAUCCCCCUGCCAGAGUCCAUCCUUAAGUCAGCCAAGGAUGGCAUCAUGGACUCCUGUGCCCCAUGGCUACUGGGGAUGCACAAAAAGUCGCUGGAGGCAGCCGCUGAGUCGGGGAGGAAGCCCGAGGUGGAACGCCAGGCCCUACCCAAGCUCGACAAGAUGGAGCAGGAGGAGCGGGGCCCGGAUGCCCAGGCAGCCAUCUCCCAGGAGGAACUGAGGGAGAACAGCAUCGCGGCCCUCCGAGCCAAAGCUCAGAUGCAUAGCACCAAGGUGCUGGGGACUGUGUCUGGACCAGACAGCCUGGCCCGGAACGCCGAGAAGCCAGAAGAGGAGGAAGCCAUGGAUGAAGACAGGCCAGCUGAGAAGCUCAGUCCACCACAGCUUGAGGACAUGGCUUAGGUCAAGGGGUGGUGGCCCUGGAGCCCCAAGACUCUAGUCCUCUUGGGGCCUGUGGUGCUGGGAUGUUCUCUCUGAGGCAGGGCCAGGCCUGAUUUCUGCCACCCUCCCCUGCUCCACAGGCCCUCCGUUACCCCCGUCACCUCCAGGCACAGGUCAGUUCUGGUCUUGGCUUUGGACCAUGCUGAGAUAACCUGGACCUAGUUUUGACUCUCCAGCAUCCUCCUCCUCAUACCAACAUCCCUGCCUCAGAAGCCUUCUUGCUGCCCCAACCAUCUCCUCGAGCCCGGGUCACUCAAUCCCUUAGCCACUCUUGCUGUCCACAGCCGCCUCUUAUUCUCUGUGCUCUGACUGUAGAGAGCCCUCCUUCCCGGCUCAGUGCCCCUCCUGAAUUCCGCUAGGCCCAUGGCUACGGUCUGUUGCUACAAACAUAUGGCCUGCCACAGCUGUGACAUGAGGACCUGCACUUCAGAUCCAAUGUCCUGAGCA